AUGUCCCAGAGCCGCGGCCAGGAGGAAGCUCCAGAGGAGGAGCAAGAGCCCACCUCACCAGCCAGCGGUGAGGAAGAAGGAGAGGAGUCCGAAAAAACCUCCGAGGGCCAAGGGAAACCCGAGCUGGCGGAGCAGGGCGGAGAAGCCCUGACCUUGCUGGACGAGAUCAGCCAGGCUAUCUUCGACGCUUCAAGAGAUGAGCCAGCAACCGGCUUAUCCGCCUCCGCAGGGCGACCCCGUGGUCGAGGCUGCGAUUGGCGAGCUGUCGGCCCAGAGACAACAGGGCCUAGCUGCAGCAGCCGCUACGGCGGCAGUCGCCACGGCAAGAGCAUGCGGCUCCCAACUUCCCUUAAGGGGCGAGACGACUGGGAGCGCUUUGCCUUUCAAGCAGAGACCUACCUGGCGGUCGUAGACACCAGGUAUCCAGCCGAGCUGGAAAUAGCUCGAAAGUGCAAGGUGCCACUCCAAAUGGCAGCCAUGACCGAGGAAGUGCGGACCCUUAGCGUCCGCCUCUUCGGCAGCUGGACCCAGGACUCCGCCACAGCUGUAAAGCUGGCGCGCGGAGUGAAGGGCCAGAAUGGGUUCGAGCUCUGGCGUCUCCUGUACCAGCACAACCCAGAAAACGAGUCCAAGAACCUCACCUGGAGGCGGACCCUGCUGAUGCCGAAAUUCCCGCCAAAGGAGAGCGACUUCUCUUUAGCUUUGCAGGAAUGGGAGGCAGACGUGGACCGCUACGCCUCCGAGUAUGGCGCAGGGCGCGCCCUAGCAGACGAAGAUCUGCGGGCAGUGCUGGUGACCGAGAGCCCCAACGCUCUUCGGCAACACCUCGCUAUGCACGCGGCGAGUCUUUCGACUUAUGCCGAGGUGAGGGAAGUAGUGCUGAGCUACUUGCAAGCCAAAAGGGUCUGGACCCCGAGUGCGGGCUACGCCGCCUCUUCCCGAAGGGACCCUAACGCCAUGGACAUUGGCAGAAUAGGGGACCGAGACGGAAAAGAAGGGAAGGGCAAAGGCGACAAAGGCAAGAAAGGGGACAAGGACCACAAAGGCAAGAAAGGGGAGUGCUGGUUUAACGCCAAGGGAAAAGGCAAAGGCAACAAGGGCCAGGUGGCCCAAGUGGCCGACGACGCGGCCACGACGUUGUCAACAGCCUCCUUGGCGACUGCGGGUCCCUCCGCGUCCCAAGCUGGGGGAAGCACCGGCGGCUCUGGCGGCAAAGGCCAGGUACGCCAGGUGCGUGACGACCACAUCUUAGGUGUGCGGUUUGCCCCGCCUCACGACACCGAUCCAGAAGAGGACAAAAUCCUCAAGGUGUCGGGGAGUCUUCUCGUGGACUCCGGGGCGUGUGUGUCCGUGUGCAGGCCCGAGGCGUUUCCCGACCUGCAGCCCGCGGGCCCACCAAAGAGCCUUUACUCGGUGGACAACAGCCGCCUGAAAACAAAGGGCCGUGUCCAGCCGAGCCUCCUCUUAGGGGAGGAGCGUCAGUCCUGCAAGGUCAACUUUGAGGUGACCGAGGACAUCGAGGACGAAAUCCUCAGCAUCAGCCGUGCUGUUGAGGCCGGUGCGGGCAUUUGGCUCCACCGAGAGGACAGCCACAUUUUGUGGCCCGACGACGUCCGAGCCUCGAUCCUCAAGAGAGGGUCACAGUUCCUCCUACCCUACGAGCGGGAGCUCCCGCCGGGGUCAACAAACCGGGUGGCACCGGUGGCGGCAGAGCCACCGAGCCCAGGCAAGGACCUGGGACACUACGACUACAUCCCGGAGCACGACCUCGAAGCUCGAGAGGUAGAGGACGCGGCGAUGGAAGCAGCAGCCGACGAAGAGGCCGAAGCUGCUGAAGAGGAGGAGGCUGCGGGUAACCCCGCCCCUCUAGAGGAGCAGGCCGAGCAGCCUGACUCCAGGCCACGCGGCCUAAGGGCACCGCGCAACCCCACGGCGCAGGAACGCGCUGAGCACGAGCUCACUCACAUGCCCUACCAGGCGUGGUGCGAGAAGUGCGUGGAGGGAAAGGCGCGCGAGGACCCACACCGCCGCCGUGAGCCUUCAGAUGAUCCGGUGACGCCGCUUGUCACCAUGGAUUAUCAGUUCUACAGCCGGGACGGGAAAGAAGUUGAGGAAGAAGCGUCGCUUGCCACGGUGCUGAACCUCACAGACAGGGCCACUGGCUGGACUCUGUCGGUUCCCGUGGCGCACAAAGGGCACAGACACGCGGCCUACGCCGCAGGGCUUGUGGAGCAGUUUGUGGAUCGCCUGGGGUACGACAAGUUCACCCUGCAGGCUGACCAAGAGAAUGCUAUAGCCUCUGUGGCCCGUGCGGUCCACCGCCGGCUUGGAGCUGCUAGGGUGCGUCUUCGGGACGCCCCUCGCGGGUCACACCAAAGCCAAGGAUCCGUAGAGGGAAGAAACGCACACCUAGCAGGUGAGGUUCGCACUUGGCUCUCGCAGCUAAGAGCGGACUACCCCGCCUUAGAGUGGGACACUUCGUCCAACUUGUUCCCGUGGCUUGUCAGGCACGUGGCCUGGCUGCAGGCCCGUUUUGGGACAAAGUCAACGGAUGGGGUGACACCAUAUCGGGCAGCCACAGGCAUAUGGUGGAGCACUUUGCUCCUUUGGAGAAACCGUCUAGCGAAGCUCCCAAGGCCCGGGAACAAAGCGCAAGUGCGCUGGGUCAAAGGGGUCUGGGCCGGCAAGCUGGAGCGCGACGACUCACACGUGGUGCUAACCGAAGCCGGCGCACUCAACGUCAGGAGCGUCAGGCGACUUCCGCCGGAGACCCGACACCAGACGGCAGCCGUCCUUAAAGCGUGCGGCCUGCCUUGGAACCCCAGAUUUGGCCGCUCAGCGCCAGCAGAGCGCAGCGAGCCGAUGAUGGUGCCAAUCCCUCUGGCCACGCCGGCCGAGGAAGUGGAGCGGCUAGAACCGCCCGGUGAGCCCUGGCUCUUCAACGACGAGCCGCGGCCCGACGACGAGGCCCUCCUGGUCGAAGGGGCCGAGCAGGCCAGCAGGCUCCCGGACGCCAGCCCUGAGCCGUCCGACGUGGAGGCAGCACCUUCCGCAGUAAGCGCGCUGCCGCAACAAGCGGCAAGCCCCGCCCCAGCCGCCAACGACGGCUCAGGCGAAGGGGGGCAGAAGCGCGACUCUGGCGAGCGGGACGCGUCGGUCGGGCAGGUGACAGACCUGCUAGACCGGAUGCUCGACCCCAAGCAGGUCGAGCAGGCACGCAAGGAGCAGCUAAGAAAGCUGUGGGACCGAGGCGCUUUCACGCCUGUGCUGCGGUCUGAAGUACCGCGCGGGGCGCAGCUGUUCAGGGCAAAGUGGGUCGACAAGUGCGACAAAGGACGGUACAAGUCAAGGUGUACCUGUGCCGACGUCAAGGCCCGCUACAGCCCAGAACAGGAAGCUGGCUUGGACGUUUUCGUCCCAACGCCGACGCCCGAGAGUCAUUCCCUGUUGGAGGUAGCAGCGCUACACAACGAGGGGUGGGUCACAAGGUCUUUGGAUAUUGUGGCCGCCUUCCUCAUAGGGAAGGACCGCGGUGCGGCGGAAGGCCGCCCGGUCUACAUGCACGCGCCUGUGGAGUGGCGCGAGCUCUUUGAGCAAUGGGUCUUGGAGCAGCCUGCGAAGGACCAGCAGUGGUACCGAGACCACUUCCGGGACUUCGUGUUCCGUGUGGACGGCAACCUCUACGGCCGAAGAACGGACUACGACUUCCAGCGAGGCGUGAAGGACCCGUGCGUGUUUCUAGACCGCGGGUCCGGCCUGAUCCUUCUCCACCAUAUCGACGACAUCCGUGUCGCAGGCCCCAAGGCCGCAGUGCUGAAGUUCACGGAGGUGGACCUUCCGGCGCACUGUGAGAUAGCGGUGGGAGAACUGGAGGAGCCGGGCACAGCGGUGGAGGUCCUAGGCAGGACCAAGGUGCGCACCGAGGACUCUAUCCUCACGCUGCCCGACAGCAAGCACGCAGAGAAUGUGUGCGAGCAGCUGGGCAUCGGUCCAAAAGACAAGGGGUUCCGCAGCGCCGUGGGUAGUGCUAUCUACCUGUCGGCGGACGGCCGUCUACGAGAGCUUGCGGAGAAAGACUUCGCCCUAGCCUGCGGCUUGCCGCGGCUAUGGGCAGACUCCGAGUUCCUUUGGACCGGGUUCGCCUUUCAAGUGGCCACCGGCCGCGUCGUGCGCCGGUACCAUGGCCAACAGCGAGGUUGCCCAUUCAUGGGCGAGCCUUUCGGCUGCCAGCCCUGUGUGCGGGACGCUCCGCCCUACAAGGGGCGUCUCACCCUCCGACUGCGGGAUGCCCCGCGGGAGGAAAGCAUCGGCGAGCUGCUGGGUGACAGCAAAGAGCUGAAAUUCGGAGCUCCAGCCCGGCAGCGGAGACAGCAAGGGCUCCGACUAGGCGGGGGGGUCGACCCUCUCCAAGCACUGGUUGAUCAAACUCGGCCACCCGUCACAGAGGAUGACGAGCCGGAUUCGGAAUUUGAGCGAGAGUUCGAAAGAGCUGUUGCCGGGGCGGCCUCCAGCAUGCCAGCUCGGCCGGCGCCACCAGAGCCGGCAGCUUCAGCUGAGCCCGCAGGCGACGACCUUGAUGAUAUCGUCGGCGAGAUCGGCGACAUACUGGGUGAUGAGCAGCUUACCAGUGCAAGGCGGACGUUGCGAAGAUCACAGACGGCUCCGACAGCUGCCCUUGACCAUCACACAGCAGAGCUCGAGGAGGAGGCCGAGCAGAGGAGGCCUGACAGCGGGCGGGGUCGCGGCUUGACCUCUGAAGAGGAAGGUCUGGGACGCCGCAGACAGGCAAGCGGCACACCCGUGCAGCGCACAGGCACCCGUGAUCGGGCAGACAUGCCGCCGCCAGGUGACACGGGCAGGACCUUCACUCUUGGCUCCCCACGACAGCGCUCACAGCCACCUCCUAGCUCCCCACCGGAUCGAUUUGACCGGUCUCCGUCAGGCAGCGGCUAUGCUUCGGAUGGCCGCUUCCAAGGGUCUGGUGCUGGAGAGUCGACCUCCGCCGGGCGAGCGUUGGAAGUGGAGCUUUCGCUGCAGGCACGGCCACGGCGGCGACUUGGGGGAGCAAAGGCUCCAGUGGAUCCGGGCCUGGAUGCCGAGGAGCUUCCCAUUCCUGACCAGCGCGAAGGAGAAGGAAGCAGCUUCGAGGUCCCUCAGCCACGUGGGGCUGGCAGCGUUCGGGCAGGAAGCGCUGCAAGUGGCAACAGCGUGCCCGGCCGAAGUGCCACGCCCGCAAAGAGUCCUCCGAGCUCUGCGGGCAGCCGGCGGGUACCGCCAAGCACUGGCUCGGCGAUCCAGACGCGCACGGGCGAGUCGACCAACGUGGCCAAGGCUCCUCUCGAUAUGGGGCUCGACCUGGGUUUCGAUGCCGAUGAGCUUGGCCUUCCCGAUCUUGGAAUUUCCGACCAGCGCGAAGGAGAAGGAAGCAGCUUCGAGGUCCCUCAGCCACGUGGGGCUGGCAGCGUUCGGGCAGGAAGCGCUGCAAGUGGCAACAGCGUGCCCGGCCAAAGUGCCACGCCCGCAAAGAGUCCUCCGAGCUCUGCGGGCAGCCGGCGGGUACCGCCAAGCACUGGCUCGGCGAUCCAGACGCGCACGGGCGAGUCGACCAACGUGGCCAAGGCUCCUCUCGAUAUGGGGCUCGACCUGGGUUUCGAUGCCGAUGAGCUUGGCCUUCCCGAUCUUGGAAUUUCCGACCAGCGCGAAGGAGAAGGAAGCAGCUUCGAGGUCCCUCAGCCACGUGGGGCUGGCAGCGUUCGGGCAGGAAGCGCUGCAAGUGGCAACAGCGUGCCCGGCCGAAGUGCCACGCCCGCAAAGAGUCCUCCGAGCUCUGCGGGCAGCCGGCGGGUACCGCCAAGCACUGGCUCGGCGAUCCAGGCCCAGCGUGCUGGCGAAUCCGUCGCUGUGGCCAAGGCUGCGACCGCUGCCAAUCUGCAGGGCCGUCUUCAUUCUGCGCAGGCGACGCAAUCCCAGCCUGUGCCUCGUGGCGCAGCUGACACAACGUACGAGCCGCGUGGUGUUGCCAUGCAGGCAGAUCAGGUACGUGUGACACCUGUGCCGUCUGCUGGUGCAGUGCUUCUGCCUCACAUGGCAGAAGGGCCAACGCCCAAGGGCGGCAUCAGCACCCCACCCUCCGAAAGGGAUUUGUCCUUCGCGAUUGAUCCUGGCGCAUUGGGAGGCCCAAGCUUUCCGGCUGGCCCGCCGCUUGGCAGUGCGCCUUCGCACGACCUGCUGCUGCAACUGGCACAGGCCAAGGCGAAGGUCAAGCACCUCGAGCUGCAGCUCGAGGACUGCGAGCAGCGCUGGCAGCGGCGCUUCGAGGACGCGAAGCGCCAGGAGGACGCCGGGCACGCGCGUAUGGAGUUGCAGUGCCGAUACCUGGAAGCCGAGCUCGACAGAUGCAAGGAGGUGCACGCCAGCGAGAUGCGACAUUUUCAAGAGCAGAAGCGACUUCUUGUCCAAAGUCAUACGACGGAAGUCGAAGAUGCAAAGCGCGAAGAACGACGGAAGGCGCAGGCUGACGUCGACAAGGUGAAAGCCGACUGCCGACUGGAGAUGGAGGAGCAGAAGCGGAAGCACGAGCGCUCCGUCUCCAUCCUGAAGCAACAGUCCGACGUCGAGGCAGAGAGCCUCCGCCGGGCCCAUGCCGGAGAGCACCACCUCACGAAGCUCGUGGAGCAGGUGCAGGGCUCCGUGGCCGAAGUAGAGCGACUCAGCAAACGUGUGGAUUCCGACAAAACCUUGGAGUGGUCGGUUCGCGAGAGGCAGCUGGAGGCAAGAGAGAAGAACGCACGUGAGUUGGAGGCGCAGCUCUCUCGCCAGGGCAAGGAGGUAGAAGAGCAGCGAAGAAGACUGUCUGAGAUGGUGACGAACUUGAGGUCUUCUCAGGAAGACGACAGUUCCGCCAUGGCUGCUGACCGAGAGCGGCUUCAGGCGGAGCAUCAACGUCUGCUGGAUCUGCAGCAAAGCGUGCGCGAUGCUGACCGCAACAACAAGGAGGCGAUGAAGCACGCCUGGGCUCAGGUAGAAGAGGAGCGGAGGACAUUGCAGGAGCAGCAGCUCCGCUUGGACAGCGAGCUGAACGCGAGAAGAGAGGAAUUGGACGUGCAGGAGCAUCGCCUCAAAGCCGAGACGGAGAGGCUGAAGUCCUUGCACCAGCAGAUCGAGGUGGCCCGGCAGAGCGCGGCGCGCCGGAUCCGGGACACGGAGUCCACGGUGGCCAACGAGCGACGUUGCCUCAUGAACGACUUGGAGGUCUUCGAGGAGAGACGCCGGCUCCACGCGCAGGAAGCGCUGAAGCUGGAAACAGACCGCAAGAGCUUCCAAGAGGAGAAGGAACAGUUGGAGAGCGACCUCCAAAGCAUGGGCCUGAUGGCGCACGAGGUUGAAAGGCGUUCCGAGGAGAUUCGGGCGUUACAUGACCAAGCAGCAGAGGCGAGAGCAGAGCUGCAACUUCUUCGUGGCCAAUUGCAGGAAGAACGAACGGCUCAAGGCUCCGAGAUGGAGCGCCUCAAGACCAUGCAUUCCUUGGUUGAGCAGCAGCGGCUGCAAUUGCUCCAGACCGAAAAUCAACUGCGCCUGCGGGGUAUCGAGGAUGUGGACCUACAGGUGACGACGCAGGCACACUUUGCGCCGGGAGUAGGUGACCACGGCGACCAGUCAGCGGCUUUCCCGCUGGCUGAGGCGCUCCCUGAUCCAGUGAGGGCAGGUCGGCGCGAGCCGGAAAUGCUCAAGGCUGGCGUAGCAGGACCCCUGUCCAAGAAGAGACUUCCUGCAACUCCCUGCAGGGCAGGUGGUCGGCCGACAGGUGGCUUUGGAUUCGAAGUUCGGUCGCAGCUCCAGCGUUUGAGGCAGGAGAACGGCGCGAUGCAGACGUACCUGACACAAAGUGCUGCUUUCUUGCAGCAGGCGCAGGGGACUGCUGCGCCUGCUCCGGCGCGCAGAGCCCUGAGCUUGGGCACGACAUCGUCUGAUACGCCUUUGGAGGACUUGUCCAGCCAAACGUCCUCUGCUGACAUGUGA